CCCUCGAUCAAAAGCUCAGCAAUGUUCCGCUUCAAUCCCCAAUUGAGUCACGGCUGUGCCUUGGCCCUCAUCUGCUGUCUGCUGAAUCUCCUGAUGAUGCACCAGCCCACCAAUGCGGAGCUCUCGCCCGUCGUUCAAGGUGGCGGGCCCAUCAGCAAUCUCUACGACAAUCUCCUCCAGCGGGAGUAUGCCGGACCCGUGGUCUUUCCCAAUCACCAGGUGGAGCGCAAGGCCCAGCGCUCUCCUUCGCUGCGUCUCCGCUUUGGUCGCAGCGAUCCGGACAUGCUCAAUAAUAUCGUGGAGAAGCGUUGGUUCGGCGACGUCAACCAGAAGCCCAUUCGAUCGCCUUCCCUGCGUCUGCGGUUCGGACGCCGCGACCCCACCUUGCCACAGAUGCGACGCACCGCCUACGACGAUCUUUUGGAGCGUGAACUAACCCUCAACAACCAGCAGCAGCAGCAAUUGGGAGACACAGCCGACGAUCUCAGUGCCGACUAUGAUGGCCUUUACGAGCGGGUGGUGCGCAAGCCGCAGCGUCUUCGUUGGGGUCGCAGUGUGCCCCAGUUUGAGGCAACCAAUGCCGAUAAUGAUCAGCUCUACAACUCUCUGUGGAACUCCGAGAAGAUGCGCCGCAUGCUGUUGGCCUUGCAGCAGUACGAAGCCGCCCCUGGACACGUUGCAGGCUAUGCCAACGACGGAGACGACACCGAGGCGCAACUGGAUGAAGACACAUCGGAGUUCCAGCGCGAGGCACGCAAGCCAAUGCGUUUGCGUUGGGGUCGUAGCACUGGCAAGGCCCCCGCAACCGAACAGAAGAUUGAAACCUCUUCAAUUGCUCCCAAAAAUUAAAUACUUAUCCCAGAUAUUCAUGGCCAAGGCGAAAGGAACUCCAAAGGACAAUGGCAAGGACAUCAAAUGAUGGGAAAAGAAAAGAAAGCUAGAAAAAACGGUCGAAAUAUCCAAAGCCCAAAAAAAAACAGUUUUUGAGAGAAUUUUUAAAUAGAGAGAAAGAGAGUGGAGAGAGAGAGAGGAGGAGGAAAGAGCAGAGUCAAUGGCUGAGAAAUACAUGCAUAUAUUUAACAAACAGAAAAACACAUAUAUAAAUUCUAUAUAUAUUAAACAUAUGAUUAACCCAUUAAUGUCUAACAUUUCGUUUUUGAGCAGCAACAAAAAAACCUAAAUAAAUAUAUAUAUAUAUAUAUAUAUUUGUCCAUGAAACUUUAACACAAGGCGCCGCGCAGGUAAAACAGAAAAAAAAUAUCU